AUGCUCAGUGCAAGGACGGUCCUGGUGCUGGCGAUGCUCCUCACCAUCUCCCCACGCUAUGAUGCAGGCCCUUACACACCAUCUGAGUGCUGCUUCAGUUACAUAAAGUUCCCUCUCCGGCUGGCUAAGCUGAAGGGUUUCUACAUGACUCCCAAGGAGUGUUUUUCCUCAGCAGUUGUGUUUGAGACCAGGAACGGGACCAAGAUCUGCGCAAACCCAGAGAUGACUUGGGUGAAGAAAGCAGUUGAGAGGCUUCAAAAAACGAAAGACCUUCGUGCCCCAUGA